AGUGUAUCCCGGUGUAAACAAACAGAGCACGAGUUUAGUUGGCUGUUUGUGUUUUUCCGGACACGUUUACCUGUUGAAGUUGGCUUUUUCGGGUCCGGAUGGAGAUAUUUGGGAGCACGUUUGACGACUCGAUGUUUUCGGAGGCGAGAGACCGAGUGACUGUGACUCUGUCGUCUUAUAACGCCAAACUGUGUCAACCCGAGUGGUUUUGUGAGAGUGCAGCUCUCAACACAGAUGAUCCUUUGGAGAAGCAGAAGGUCUACAAGUUUAGAGGUGACUUAGCUGUGAGACAGGGGAACUAUCAGAAAGCCUUGGAUGCAUACAGCAGCUGCCUGGAGUGGAUCGCUGACAACAACCUGACCAUCAGAAGAGAUGUACUGGAGGGAAUGGCCCGAUGCUGCACCAAACUGGGACAGAGAGACAGGGCGCUGGAGCUGGCCCACUUACUGAGCAAAGAAGCCUCCAACACCUGUCACCUAACCGGCCUUCUGCUGCUCAAGGUCAGCAUCUACCAGCAUUUUGGAGCCGUAGGAUCAAAGAUGUCGUGUCUGCAGCAGCUGUGCAGCCUGCUGCCCUUCAACCCCUGGCACUGGUACAACCUGGGACAGACAUGUCUGCAGCUGCUGGAGAGCGACCGGACCACAGGAUCAUGUUCCCCACAGAGGUGUGUAUCACCAGAAGAGAAGAAUGAUGGAGACGCUGAGGAAAAACAGGAGGAGGCAGCAGAGCUGGAGGAGAACAGAAUCUGGCUGAAAGCUUGCACCUGUUUCAUCAGGACAAGACUUCUGUUGAGAAUCCUCAGGCAGCAGCAGUCCUCCUUUGUGUUGCAGCGCACUGAAAGCACCCUACAGAAGACAGAUGAGCUGUUACAGAGGCUGAAUCCCAAAGAAACAUCCCUGCAGGCUCUCACUGAGGUGAUGUCAGAGGACCUGAUCCCGGAGAAGAUGAGGGAGGACUACCAGGAUGGGGAGAGUCUGGCCUGUGUGUGUGUGCAGAGCUUCAGGGUGCGUUGGUGGAACAAGAUCUUACUGAUUGGCGUGCUGGAGACUGACGGCUGUCAACAUCAGAUGCAGACAGACACAAGUGAUGACUGUUUUACAGAGAAAAUGGCUGACAGGAAGUGACUAAAGAACAUAUCGAAGGUCCUGUCACUGUACAGAUCCAUCAAAGCACGAACGAAACACAAGAUGAAAGUCUACAAGUCUGUAUACAUGUAGAAAUACACAAACACAGGUCAAAUGCAAAAAUGAAUGCCGACAAUCUCAGAAUACCAAAAGAAGCACAAUAAUCAAAAAGUAUAAAUCACUUUUAAUCUCUUAAACUGUAACAGAAUUUGUCACAGGGAGAACUGCACGGUGAAUGUAGUCGUCGUUAAUCUCAGUGUCAGACGUACCUAUUAAUGUGUCAUACACUUCAGACUGUGUAACAUUAUCUGUCAGUGAUUGUUUUGCAUUAAGACAGGAAACAAAGUGAGACAUUUUAAAGUUGCUGAAUGUUAUUCAUAAAAUGUCACUUCAUGCCUUAACACGUUCAUAUCUUAAGAAUGUUUUUAAUAAAAUGUUGUUGUUUUUUGUCCCUGAAA